GUUUCCUCACCUGAAACUUCCUUCGGAGAAGCGAUCCCUCCCUCCGUCGGGCGGCAGGGGCGGGCCGCGGGUGGGGCGCGCGGCGGGCCUGCCUGGCCUGGCUGGGGACCGCGGCCGGCGGGCGCGCGCCGCGGGGGGGGAGACCCGGACCCGGACCUGGAGCUGGAGGAGAACUCCCGGGCCGAGGCAGUAUGUGACGCCGACCAGGAUUCAGCCCUGAUGGAGGCUGAGGAGCCCCCACAUGGAGCCUCCACGCCCAUCCCUGCUCUAGAAGAACCUACAAUUAUCCCUGAAGCUGUCAUGAGGAGCAGUCAGAUCCCAGCCUUGGAUCCUGAAGGUCACGACGCUCCGGAUCCAUCCUCCAAGUGGACGGAAGGCCGCAGAUGCUCGGCAACGCCGCCGGGAGAGUUCAGAGACGCGAGUGACGGCGCUGCUGAGCACAAACCCUCUUUUCCCCAUGAAGGCCCUGCAGAUGUGGAGGCUGAAGAAGAAAUCGCUGGGGCUGAGGACCGCGGCGCUCCUGAGCAGGCAGCAUGCCAGGGGCUGGAAGAUCAUGGAGUGCGGACACAAGCUCUCCCAGGACUCUGGGCCUGCCCUGUCCAAGGUGAAGGGCCAGACCUGGUCUCAGUGUGCAGCGAAGUGGACAGCAGAGUGGAGGUGAAAUUUCAUCCAGAACUCUCUCCUUUGACACCGGGAACUGGACAAGGAGACGCGGAUGACACCUCUCCAGACACAUCUGCCCACACUACGUUCUGGCCUCUCUCCGAAAAGCAGAGGCACCGAAGAGUCGAGAGCAAGAAGGGCUUCUCAGUCCACAGGAGGCCACAGGGCUGGAGAAGCAGGAUGGCCAGCCAGGAGGACCUCGGGGACAAGGAUCGCUGGGAGACGAUCUUCAUCCUAAUGGACUUUGGAGGGAGCAAGUGUGGAGGACAAGGGGAAAGAGAGGGGCUCCUUGAGGUACUGGAAGAUCUGAAUUAUGUUGUGUGUGAUGGAGAGGUGAGGGAGAGGACUCCGGCUCAGAAAAGCCCAGAAGCAGCAGAACAGGGGAAGAGGACGUUGAGGCCGGAAGAAGAGAGUAGGGUGGACUUUCAGUGUGCAAAGAAUCAAAGAUUAGUUUGGAAGCUGAGGGAAAUAACAAGAGAGCCAGGUGAUCAGGAUCUAGCAGGCAAAGAGGAGCAGGAAGAAGGGGCCGGAUCAAGUGAGGAAGAGCGAGAGAGCAAGGACAGGAGUAGGCCGGAGGCAGUGGAAGAGGAGAGAAGCACAGAAGAGGAGGAGGAGCACAACAGACCUUCUGCAAUGCCUGUGGUAGUGCCUGAGGCCUUCUCUUCCUGUGACUUAUUUCCAGACACUUCUUGUCCCUUGACUCAGAUCCCUGGUGGCCUGACAGAUCCAAGGCCUGAGGAGCUGACCCCCAGAGCUCUGACUCCUAUCCCGGAGACACUAGGACAUCAUCCUGACCCCAUGUUUCUGCCCAGCGCCUUUGCUUCCGGGGAACUGCUUGAUGAUGGAACGGCCUCUGGAGGAGCUGAGCCAAAGAAGGGGUCAAUAUCUAGCCAGAGGACUGAGCUAGCUUCCGCUAGUGUGUCUGGCCCAGAAGGGACCCCAUGUUCAGUCUUUGCCAUCGCAGCUACCUUGUCACCUUCCAGAUCCCCAGCUGCCGUUCCUAAGGAGCCCCCCACAGCCCCUCUCCUGACUCGCAGCCCACCUGCCGGAGGGCUUUCUGAGACUCCCGUGGCCGCCCUCCAUGAUGCUCUGCAUGCAGAGCCCCCGGCGGAUCCCUGUGCUGCUUCCCACGUGGACAGCUCUUGUAGCAGCCCAGCCCACUGCCCCGGGGCUGCCCAACACCAAAGGAGCAACUCUUUCCCCGGCUCCCACAGGACAGAACAGGCGCCAGACCUGGGGUGCAGGUCCCUUUCCUUUUCUCAUUCAGAGUUACCUCAGAGGCCCCCCAAACCUGCCAUCUAUGGCUCUGUGACCCCAAGAAGGAGCAGGAGAAGUGGCAGGGAUUGCAGCAGCAUUUCUGAAAACCCCACGGCGUCAUCCACGCUGACGUGGGACUCUUCCAACACAGAGACACGCAGCGGUUCCCACGGCAGCCAGCCAUGGGGCUCCCCGCAGAAUGCAGCUUUUGCCACAGGGGCACCGGCGUGUGGUUCCUCUUUAUCUACUGCCCCCAUGGAUAGGAGAACCCAAGAGCCUCUGCCCCCUCCGCCCCUGGAGAAGAGGCACACCCACACCUCCAUGGGGGACAGAGGUGGCCGCGUUCCCAAUGUGGCCCCCACACAGAAGCGAUACAGCCAUCCUCCCAUGACCCUGAGUUCAGGGCUCCAUGGACCCCCUGAAGGCCCCCUUCCCCAAGUUCCUGACCCCUCCAUGGCAAGGAGACACCGACCCCUGCCAUCGACCCCAGACAGUUCUCACCAUAGUCAGACUUCUGACCCUGCAAGGCUGAGAUACAACAAACCACUUCCCCCAACUCCCGAUGGGCCCCAGUCCCACCAGGCUGGCGUCUCAAGGAUGUACAGGCCCCUGCCACCUGUGCCCCUCCUGGAUCCUGCCAGCGAACCACCCCCACUGCCCCCCAAGACCAGGGGGAGGAGCAAGAGCACUCAGGCGGGACUUCUGAAUUCAGGUCAAAACAAACAGAGACCCCUGGGCCAGGAUUGGGCCGCGUCCACGGCCCCCUCUGCUGGACGAACCUCCUGGCCCCCAGCCACGGGGAGAUCAGCAGAGCCCUUGGCUCCCCCGAGUAGGAAUAACAGUGAAAUGCCCUCCGUCCUGGCUUUCAGCAACAUGACAAACAUUCUAAGUCCCUCUUCCCCUACCACGCCCUGGACCCCCGAGCUCCAGAACCCCGGUAAGAUGGAAGCGGGGCUCUCAGAAUUGUUGGAGGCCUCUGUGAAGGGACCCGUACGAAGAUCGCUCCCCCAGGACGGGGCCAGCGGUGCGUGGAGAACCGGCGUAGGCUCCACACGCCAACCAGACAAGCCCAGCCAUCCCCAGCUGGAGAAGGCAUCCAGCUGGCCCCACAGGCGGGACCCCGGGAGACCACCCGAGGGCGGCGAUGGCGGGGGACAGGUUGUCCUUGGUGAAGGGCCCAGCAAGCACAAGGGCUGGCACCGGCAAGGCCUGCGCAGACCUUCCAUCUUGCCUGAGGGCUCUUCAGAUUCAAGAAGUCCCUCCGUGGGAAGACUCCCUGGCCCCUUGGACACAGUGAUUUUUCGAGAGAAGAAAGCAAAGGAGAGGACGGGAGGCUUUUCAAGGCGCUGUUCCAAGCUCAUCAACUCCUCCCAGCUACUCUACCAGGAAUACAGCGAUGUCGUUCUGAACAAGGAGAUCCAAAGCCAGCAGCGGCUGGACAGCGUGGCAGAGGCGCCGGGCCUGGCCUCCCCUCGGCAGCCCCGAAAGACCCUGGUGUCCUCUGAGUCCUACCUGCAACGCCUUUCCAUGGCCUCCAGCGGCUCCCUCUGGCAGGAAAUCCCUGUGGUACGCAACAGCACUGUGCUGCUGUCCAUGACCCACGAAGACCAAAAACUGCAAGAGGCAAAAUUUGAGCUCAUCGUGUCAGAGGCUUCCUACCUACGCAGUCUAAACAUAGCUGUGGACCAUUUCCAACAUUCUUCCCAAAUCCGGACCAUCCUUUCCAACCAGGACCACCAGUGGCUCUUCUCUCGUUUGCAGGACGUGCGGGAUGUCAGCACCAUGUUCCUUUCAGACCUAGAAGAAAACUUCGAGAACAACAUCUUCUCUUUUCAAGUGUGCGAUGUCGUCCUGAACCAUGCUCCAGACUUCCGCCGGGUCUACCUGCCCUAUGUCACCAACCAGACCUAUCAGGAACGCACUUUCCAGAGCUUAAUGAACAGCAACAGCAACUUCCGGGAAGUCUUGGAGAAACUGGAGAGUGACCCUAUCUGCCAGCGCCUUUCCCUCAAGUCCUUCCUGAUACUGCCCUUCCAGCGCAUCACCCGCCUCAAGCUGCUGCUUCAGAACAUUCUGAAGAGAUCACAGCCCGGCUCCUCAGAGGAAGCAGAGGCUACGAAGGCACACCAUGCCUUGGAGGAGCUGAUCCGAGACUGUAAUAACAAUGUCCAGAGGAUGCGGCGGACGGAAGAGCUGAUCUACCUGAGCCAGAAGAUUGAGUUUGAGUGCAAAAUAUUCCCACUCAUUUCACAGUCUCGCUGGCUGGUGAAGAGUGGAGAGUUGAUGGCCCUUGAGUUCAGUGUCUCACCAGGGCUGCGAAGGAAACUGAACACACGUCCAGUCCACCUGCAUCUCUUCAAUGACUGCCUGCUGCUGUCCCGGCCCCGAGAGGGCAGCCGUUUCCUGGUAUUUGACCAUGCUCCUUUCUCCUCCAUCCGGGGGGAAAAGUGUGAAAUGAAGCUGCACGGGCCACACAAAAACCUCUUCCGCCUUUUCCUGCGGCAUAACGCCCAGGGCACUCAAGCAGAGUUCCUCUUCCGCACGGAGACUCAGAGUGAAAAGCUCCGCUGGAUCUCAGCCCUGGCUAUGCCAAGGGAGGAGCUGGACCUGUUGGAGUGUUAUGAUUCCCCACAGGUCCAGUGCCUUCGAGCCUACAAGCCCCGAGAGAAUGACGAGUUAGCACUGGAGAAGGCGGACGUGGUGAUGGUAACUCAGCAAAGCAGUGACGGCUGGCUGGAAGGAAUGAGACUGUCCGAUGGGGAGCGAGGCUGGUUCCCUUUGCAACAAGUGGAGUUCAUUUCCAACCCAGAGGUCCGCGCAAGGAACCUGAAGGAGGCUCACCGCGUGAAGACGGCCAAGCUGCAGCUCGUGGAGCAGCAAGCCUAGCUCUUCCCUGUGAGCCAUCUUCCGAGCAUAAGAACAAGCUGGUCUGGGAGCUAGCUGCUUCAGAGGACCUCCGUGGACCCCCCAAUCAAAACACACCCCACACCUUAGGAAAGCACCAGAAGGCCCCAUCACCCAGGCACUCACCCAAGGCCUCCUUCUGUAUGUUUUGUUCUUGGGAGGGAUACGCUGAAGAACUUCGCACUGGACUCUGGGAUCCUUCUCUCAUAGGCUAAGGGACGAUGGUGCUUGAGCCAGGGAACUUUACUUCUAAUACCAUGUAGUUUGCAAACAUCCUCUGCUGCCAGAGAACAGACUCAGAGCUGACCAAAGUCUGGGGCCUGGCUCUGCGUGAAACAGCAUCUGACUGAGGGAAGGGUUUGUUUCCAGGGGAUUUGCCUAUCGGAUAGGAAGGUCAACUUGUGGCCCCUGAGGUAUCUCUCCUUCCUCCAGACGCUCCUUACUUCCUGGUGUGAGCUCAGUGUGUGCAGCUCUGAGACCCGUGUGUCUCCCGGUGACAACGUGAGGGUGACAGUCUCUCACGCUAAUAAACUUGGCACUUCUUCAACUGUUUUCUUCUCAGGCUCCUUGAGAUGGAACAAGGAUCCAAAUAUGGUAUCCCUGAGGGUUCCUGCCCUUUGGUUUAGUUGAUGUGGAAGACCAAGAUGGUGUCCAAGGUCUGGCAGCUGCUGGUUCUUGCUCCAUGACCUCUAAGAUCUGGACAAUUAUUCUGCUUGUUGUGGCUUCAGAGGUCUGUGGAAAGAUCUAGAAGUCAUUGGUGAUGGGUCUUGAAAACCCACUCAGAUGUCUUCUCUUCCCAGAAGGUACAGGUACAGGCUGGGUGUGGCAAACCGAACCCUUCGUGAGUUUCUAUUCUGACUAGAACUGUUGUGAAGAUCUCCUGGCAGCUGUUUUAUCUUCUUUGUGAAAGGCAGCAGGUCGAAUGGAAAGAGUCCUAAAAUCCAAGCCCAGAGUCCUGCACUGCACCAACCAUGUCUGUUAACUUUGUACCAAGGUAACAAUAAAAGAAAUAUCU